ACUUCACGAUGACGCUCUACCACCCGACGUCCACCUGUGCGAUGGGCAGGGUGGUCGAUCAUCGACUCAGAGUCAUCGGGGUCGAAGGGUUGAGGGUCGUCGAUGCGAGUGUCAUGCCGACCGUCGUCAGCGGGAACACCAACGCACCGACUAUUAUGAUCGCGGAGAAGGGGGCUGAUCUGAUCAAAGAAGACUGGGGCUAUUGAGCCUCUGAGGGCAGAAACGUUUAAGCGUUAUCAAAUAUGUUGAAAUCGUAGCUCUAUUAGGAAUUUUGAGGAACGUAUGAUUUCCGGUGAAAAAGCUUUGACAUUCAGGCGCUCUAUACUCAGUGGGACCUACACUGAAAAAAAUGGUAUGCCGUUUUAGCACCUAGGAUGUCAAAAAUAUGUCUGGUGAUCGUAAGAAGCUACCUUGAUUCCCCACGCAGUUGAAUUUGCAUUCAUAGGAUGUAAAAUUAACUGCCAGCUAGGUUAGUAAAGGCAGCAUCUUGGGAUCACCAGACACAUGUUUGACAUCCUAGGCGCUAAAACAGCAUAGAAUUAUUCCGGUGUAGAGUAUACAUACUUUCGCAAGUUGAUUACAUUCAGUUUCAUGCAUUGAAAUGUACGUACAAUAAUGGGUAUCUACCAAAGCAGGUCGCCUCCAUCAAUCUGGAUGAUAAAAUUGCCCAGUCCACGGACUGAGCUAGUUUUUUGCCCCGCCCGAGGACUUGCAAUCCCCGUCUCCUAGUCUACCAACUGAGUAGCUAGAUGGCGGACUGACCAGUCUAAAGUUUGAAAAUUACGACAAUUUGUCGAUUUUUAUUUUAGUUGCAAUUCAUGCGCUAACCAACUAAUGUCCUCCACUGACCGAUUUCUGACGAAAAUUUUGCAAUAUGUUUGAUUUAAAAAAAAAUAAAUAAAAAAAAAACAAUACAAAUCAUACAAAUGUACAGGUUACGUACAUCAAGAUUACAACUAGCCAUUUCAAUAUCUUUUUGGAGUUUGAGCACAAUUUUUUGCGAGUUUACGAACCUGCUAAAUAGAAAUUCGUUUCAUCGAGGGAGGGAUGAAUGCAACUAGCAGACAAAGGAUGUAAAAAUGAUGAAAAAGGAUGGGUGAAAAAGGAUGUAACCGCGAACUCACUUGCGCUAUGUUAAUUCAGUUGGGACGCGUUUCGGGGUCGAGAUGGCCCCAUCAUCAAGACAAAGGAUAGCUUACGGCGAAAAUAUUCAUCAAAGUUUGUUCAGAAAUUAUUUCAACAGUUGGAAAUCAGAAAA